CCUUUGACCAUUGGUCUAACACACACAGAAGCUCUCACUACCUGUCUCUCUCUCAAGAUACACAGUCCCUGGUUCUUGAGUUGAUAACCAUAAACGACAAUUUGAGUUAUUGAAGACCCACAAAUAGACAGAGGUAAAAAAAGAGAGAGUACCCAGAUCUCCUACUUUGAUAUUGUUCAAUCAAAGCUUAGAUCUUUUUCUAUAAUGGCAGCAAACCCAAAAGCAGAACGUUAGGAUUUUUAGUGGAACACACCCAACUGAUUCCCCCCCCCCCCCACACCAUUUUCUCCUUUGAAGAACUUGUGUUGAGUGGUAUAAUGGCGGAGACUCCAGAGGCGAAAGCAUCGAUACCAGAGGCAGAGAAGCAAAAAGAGCAGAGCUUGCCAUUUUUUCAGCUGUUCUCAUAUGCAGAUAAGUAUGACUGGCUACUGAUGACUUGUGGCACUGUGGGAGCUAUUAUUCAUGGUUCUUCAAUGCCAGUGUUUUUCUUGUUAUUUGGGCAAAUGGUUAAUGGGUUUGGAAAUAACCAAUCUGAUUUGCAAAAGCUGACCAGUGAAGUUUUGAAGUACUCUGUAUAUUUUGUGUAUCUUGGUCUGGUGGUUUGUGUGACAGCCUAUGCAGAAACUGCAUGCUGGAUGUACACUGGAGAGCGGCAAGUGAGCACUCUAAGAAAGAAGUAUUUGGAGGCAGUGUUGAAACAGGAUGUGGGGUUCUUUGACACUGAUGCAAGAACUGGUGAUAUUGUUUUUAGUGUCUCAACAGACACACUUCUUGUCCAAGAUGCCAUUAGCGAGAAGGUGGGUAACUUCAUACACUAUUUGUCAACUUUUUUGGCGGGGUUGGUGGUUGGUUUUGUAUCAGCUUGGAGGCUGGCAUUGCUUAGUGUGGCAAUCAUACCAGGAAUUGCAUUUGCUGGGGGCUUGUAUGCCUAUACCAUUACAGGCCUCACCUCCAAGAGUCGAGAAUCGUACGGCUUUGCCGGUAUGAUCGCUGAGCAGGCAAUGGCGCAAGUUCGAACAGUAUACUCAUAUGUAGGAGAGAGCAAGGCCUUGAAUGCCUAUUCAAAUGCCAUACAAAACACUCUCAAGCUUGGUUACAAGGCUGGGAUGGCUAAAGGUCUGGGGCUAGGAUGUACCUUUGGAAUUGCCUGCAUGUCUUGGGCUCUUGUUUUCUGGUAUGCUGGUGUUUUCAUCAGAAACGGACAGACCGAUGGAGGGAGGGCUUUCACAGCUGUUUUCUCUGCCAUUGUUGGCGGCCUGAGCUUGGGUCAGUCAAUUUCAAGUCUUGGACCAUUCAGCAAAGGCAAGGCAGCUGGAUACAAGUUGAUGGAGAUUAUUAAGCAAAAGCCCUCCAUAAUUCAAGAUCAUUCCGAUGGCAAGUGCUUGCCGGAGGUUCAAGGCAAUAUAGAGUUCAAGAAUGUGACAUUCAGUUACCCAUCAAGGCCUGAUGUUAUGAUCUUUAGAGACUUUUCCAUCUUUUUCCCCGCCGGAAAGACUGUUGCAGUUGUUGGUGGUAGCGGGUCAGGAAAAAGCACUGUCGUGUCUCUAAUGGAGAGGUUUUAUGAUCCUAAUCAGGGACAGGUUUUGCUGGAUAAUGUGGACAUUAAGACACUGGAGUUGAAGUGGUUACGUGAUCAGAUUGGCCUGGUGAAUCAGGAACCUGCACUCUUUGCCACAACCAUACUUGAGAACAUACUCUAUGGAAAGCCUGAUGCAACGAUGGCUGAAGUAGAGGCUGCUACUUCUGCAGCAAAUGCUCAUAGCUUCAUUACAUUGCUCCCUAAUGGAUACAACACUCAGGUGGGUGAGCGAGGAGUGCAGCUCUCUGGUGGUCAGAAACAGAGAAUUGCAAUUGCUAGAGCAAUGUUGAAAAAUCCUAAGAUCCUCCUGCUCGACGAAGCCACUAGUGCACUUGAUGCAGGCUCUGAAAGUAUCGUGCAAGAAGCAUUAGACCGUCUAAUGGUCGGGAGAACAACCGUAGUCGUUGCUCAUCGGCUCUCAACCAUAAGAAAUGUUGACACAAUUGCAGUCAUACAGCAGGGGCAAGUAGUUGAGACAGGAAACCAUGAAGAACUUGUUGCUAAAGCAGGAGCCUAUGCUUCAUUGAUGAGAUUCCAAGAAAUGGUUGGUAACCGAGACUUUGCAAACCCAUCAACACGACGCUCACGCUCAUCACGCCUUAGCCACUCCCUAUCGACCAAGUCUCUAAGUCUCCGUUCAGGCAGCUUAAGAAACUUGAGCUACUCAUAUAGUACUGGUGCCGAUGGGAGGAUUGAAAUGGUGUCAAAUGCUGAAACAGACAGGAAAACUCGUGCACCAGAUGGCUAUUUCUUCCGCCUUCUCAAGCUAAACGCUCCUGAAUGGCCUUAUUCAAUAAUGGGUGCCAUUGGUUCUGUACUGUCUGGUUUUAUCGGCCCAACUUUUGCCUUUGUGAUGAGCAACAUGAUUGAAGUGUUCUACUAUAGAAACCCUGCCGUCAUGGAAAGGAAAGUUAAGGAAUUUGUUUUCAUUUACAUUGGAGUUGGCAUCUAUGCCGUCGCCGCAUAUUUGAUUCAACAUUACUUCUUCAGUAUCAUGGGAGAAAACCUCACUACAAGAGUCAGAAGAAUGAUGCUUGCAGCAAUAUUAAGGAAUGAAGUCGGAUGGUUCGAUGAGGAGGAGCACAACUCAAGCUUGGUUGCAGCUAAAUUAGCAAAUGAUGCUGCUGAUAUGAAAUCUGCAAUACCAGAUAGGAUAUCUGUGAUUUUGCAAAACAUUACCUCCCUUAUCACUGCAUUCAUGAUUGGUUUCGUGGUGGAGUGGAGGGUCACUAUUGUUAUCCUUGCUACCUUCCCCAUUCUAGUCCUCGCCAAUUUUUCCCAGCAACUUUCGCUCAAGGGUUUUGCUGGAGACACUGCAAAGGCUCAUGCCAAGUGUAGCAUGAUUGCUGGUGAGGGAGUUAGCAACAUCAGGACUGUUGCAGCCUUCAAUGCCCAAGACAAGAUCCUCUCCCUGUUCUGUAAUGAGCUUAGAGUCCCACUUCGCCGUAGUCUACGACGAAGCCAAAUAGCUGGCAUUCUCUUUGGCCUCUCCCAAUUUUCUCUAAAUGCCUCUGAAGCUCUCAUUUUAUGGUGGGGUGUACACCUCGUUAGGCAAGGUGUCACGACAUUCGCAAAAGUUCUCAAGGUUUUUGUUGUCUUGGUUAUUACAGCUAAUUCAGUGGCAGAAACUGUUAGCAUUGCUCCAGAGAUUAUUAGGGGUGGAGAGGCUGUUGAUUCUGUGUUAUCAAUUUUGGAUCGUUCGACCAAGAUUGACCCAGAUGAUCCUGAAGCCGAGGAUGUUGAAUCCGUUCGUGGGGAAAUUGAACUUAGACAUGUUGAUUUUGCAUAUCCUUCACGGCCUGAUGUUAUGGUGUUCAAGGAUUUCAAUCUUAGAAUCCGAGCUGGCAAAAGCCAAGCACUAGUUGGGGCUAGUGGGUCUGGAAAGAGUUCUGUGAUUGCUUUGAUUGAGAGGUUCUAUGAUCCAACGGCCGGGAGAGUCAUGAUCGAUGGAAAAGACAUUCGCAGAUUGAACUUGAAGUCUCUUAGGCGUAAAAUUGGGUUAGUGCAACAAGAGCCAGCAUUGUUUGCAGCUAGCAUUUUUGACAACAUUGCCUACGGAAAAGAUGGUGCAACCGAAGCAGAAGUCGAAGAAGCUGCUCGUGCAGCCAACGUUCACGGGUUUGUGAGUGCAUUGCCUGAUGGUUACAAGACACCAGUUGGUGAAAGGGGGGUUCAGCUCUCUGGUGGUCAAAAACAAAGAAUUGCCAUAGCCAGGUCAAUUCUCAAGGACCCAGCAAUUCUGUUGCUAGAUGAAGCCACAAGUGCACUUGAUGCUGAGUCCGAGUGUGUGCUACAAGAAGCACUUGAGAGGCUAAUGAGGGGUCGAACCACGGUCCUCGUGGCUCAUCGUUUAUCGACCAUAAGAGGAGUGGAUUGCAUCGGAGUUGUUCAAGAUGGGCGCAUUGUUGAGCAAGGCAGUCACUCUGAAUUAGUCAGCCAACCGGAUGGGGCAUAUUCUAGACUCUUGCUGUUACAGCAUCAGCACAUAUGAGAGGGAAACAACAUGGCCUUGUUUGUUAAUUAUGUUUGGGGUCCCCAUUAACCUUUGAAGUUCCCAUUUUCAAUGAUAGUUGUAGAUAUGGUUUUUUUCUGAAGAAUGUUAUCUUAAGAACAAGUAUCCCAUCUCUAAAGGGCUGCAAGUGUCUAAAUUACUGAGCUUUACAAGCCUUUUGUUGUCUGUCUAUCUGUUUGGUUCUUUUCAUUGGUUAUGGACAGUCUCUUUCUGCAA